AUGAACUUCAAAAGCCUAAGGCAAAGAGCUUACCUGGAGGAUGUGGGAUGGGAGGAAGCCUGCUUUUUGCAGAUCUGGGACACGGCUGGCCAGGAGAGAUUCCGAACUAUCACACAGAGUUAUUACCGCAGCGCCAACGGAGCAAUCCUAGCCUAUGACAUCAGCAAGAGAGGCUCCUUCCUGUCCAUUCCUCGCUGGAUCGAGGAUGUGAGAAAGUAUGCCGGUUCCAACAUAGUACAAUUACUGAUUGGAAACAAGUCUGACCUAAGUGACCUUCGAGAGGUUCAGCUGGAAGAAGCUCAGAGUCUGGCUGAACACUACGAUAAUAUCAUCUGUGCCAUAGAGACCUCUGCGAAAGACUCCAGCAAUGUGGAGGAGGCUUUUGUGAAGAUGGCUACAGAGCUCAUGAUGAGGCACGGAGGCCCCAUGUUCAGUGAGAAGAAUACUGACAGCAUCAAGCUUGACAGCAAAGACGUUGUAGAAGGCUGGGGGUGUGGUUGCUGAUAUGAGCUAGGUGAUAUCCCUAACUUUACUGGAAUUUAGAUGGUGCUUCACCCUAAUGCUGAGUAGCAUGGUAGCCAUAUUCUCCUCCUCCUGUGAAACCAGCAAUUUUGUAGAAGCUAGACACAAUCCUGUUUGCUUUGGUGUCUUAUUUUUAAAAAGGGACUCUUGAGAGGUAGUCCUAAAAGUCAAACCCUCUGAAAAACUUACUCAACGUUUGUCCCCUCCAUUUCUUUUCCAUAACCUUCAUACGAGUUACAAAAGUGGAGGAAACAAAUUUGAACUGGUGACGUGGGGUGGGGAGACAGACGGUUGGGGAGGAGACUGAUGCACACCCGAAGUUUAGCAAGGGACUGUUGGCAAAGAAGGUCCCGUUUGGAACAGGCAGUCUUGAGAGUGUCUCUUUAAAUCCUCAGCACUCCACCAGUGACCAGAAAGUGACAGUGUCUUUGAUAAAGGUAUUACAAUACCCAGCAUUUUGAUUACAGGACCAAAUAGCAGUCGCCUGUCCUAGGGCAUAUGGAUUGCUAGUUAGUACUGGAACAGGCCCAAGUGGGGAAACCUUCUCUCAGGUUUUGUUGCAAUUAUUUUAAGUUAUCAUUUUAACAAAAAGCAAAAAUCAGCCCGAGCAAUAUCACAUGACUUGCUGUCAAGCAGGAUUGGACCAGUUGUAGUUAUUUUAAAUACAGCCUUGAGGAGAGGGUAGAUGCAUUUCAUUUGUUAUUGUUUGCACAGUGAUAGCUCCCUUUUCCAAGCGGGUAUCAUUGAGUUUUUGCCCUCAGGUCUCUUAAUCUCAUUCCACAACUCAAGACCUGCACCACUGGAAACAGGAACUGGAGAAACCUUGAACUGACUGGUAGCCAUGAUCUCCUGCUGUGUGCCUAAUGGUCAUAUACAGGGUUCAUUCUGGUCAUACAUUUGACAUUAUGUUACUGGAGUGUUUAUUCCUUAGGUGGCAUAAGGGAAUUUGGGGUUUGGCUUGUUGGGUUUUUUUAAAAACCAUCUCUUUAAAUACAAUCUGGGCAUACACUGGGAAAGAAGACCUCAGAAUAGCUGAAAACUGCAUGUGUUGCAACUUCUUGGUUGCAAGAAACAAGAGUCUUUUUGAGUGAUUCCUUCCCAACUUUGUACUCAACUGCUUCCCUCUCCCUAUCACGAGUUACCAGCUGCUUUUCAUUUUUUGAAGACAUUCAGCAGGAAAAGUCUUUCACUGUUGAUCAAAAGUCUCCAUUGUUAGGUAAAACAGAUCUCAUAAUUCAACUGCACAUAGCUGUCUUUCAGAUUCAGCUCUGUAUUCUAUGUUGUAGAUGCAGUUGAAGUACUGAUGGCAGCAGUCCUCUCUGGAUUUACUCUCAAGCACUUACAAAAAUGGAUUUGCAAAGGGAGCAGAAGCAGGAUUAUUUUUAACUCCGCAGUUAAAGCAAAGGUGUUCAGAGGUGACAAGUGAUUUUUGCAAUCCUGAUACUUUGAAGGGGCUCAUUUUCAGAGAGCACCCGCUUAAAGUGAAGUCACUUGUCCCUUUUGAAAAUCUUGAUCAAAAAGGACCCAGAUUGGUUUGCCACUAGGGCUACACAGGUUUUAGCCAUUCAGCAUAUCCAGUAUCAAGAAAAUCAGUAAGAUUUAAGAAAGGGCUAAUGGAUCUUAAUUUCAAUACUGUUCAUCUUCCUAAAGAAAAUACUAAACCAUUCUCUGGUCUUUCUGGGUUUUUUUUAAACUAUGAGGUAGAUCAUUAAGGAGUUACAUAUGCUUUGUAGCCUGUUUGCUAAUCUAAGGGGUUAGUUUUCAAGUUUUAUAGUUGUAAGAGUGAAAAGGGCCUUAAGUUUUUCAAUUAGUAUAGUUUUCACAAUUUUAAUGUUUUAUAUGGAAGAGCAGGUUGAGCUGUAGUACUCAGCAGUAUUUUUGGAUAGUUUUCCAGGACAUUCCCACCUCUCCCACAUCCAAAGAUAACAGGCAAUGAGUGUCUAGCAGCAGCUAGACACUGAAAAUGAAAAUUGUCCAAACUCUAGAUCUGUUAGUGUUUAGCAAACCCUGUAUUCCACUCCCAGGGGGAACUACAAAGACAGUCCAAGUUAAAACUCAGUCCUGAUGACUAUUUUUCCUCCUGGUUAGAUGGUCCUUAAGAUACAGAAUACUAGCAAGCAUUUGACUUCAUGUCAUGCUGUAUUCUAGUUGACAUCUGUAGGUCUCAGCCCUGCAGUUCUGCACGCCUGAACACGGACCCUCAGAUAAGCUCAGCCUCCCGCUAUUUGCAGGAUUAGUGCCAAAUUAUUUAAGCCAUGCUGAGAGAAACUCACACACGUUUAAGAACAGUAUUGCUACUACUCAGAUUGAACUCAGUAGUUUACAGAGUAACUCAUCUUAAAACUGGAGCAAGAUGCAAAAUGAACAUAAAUCCUGCUUCCAAUGCAGUGAGUGAAUGAUUGUAUUUUUUACAGUAGAUGGAGAAAUGAGGAAUUAUUGAUCCAUUUCCUUUUAAGGUUUGUUUAGUAAACAAGUAGAAUUAGAGCAAGCACUAUACUUCCCUUAGGAUUUGCCCCCAUUUAUCUGUUAAGCUAGCCUUGAAGGUUGAGACUCUGUCUGCAGGUUCUCUUUCAGUCAGAAAACAUGAAAUACAGCAUCAGUGAGUUUUCACUGUAUUUUCAGUUACGGCUUUAACUCAGCUUUGUCCUCUAACUCUUGGCUUUUCUAUGUGGUAACAAGUAUAAUACAAGUUUGCAUGCCCUACCUAACUGAGCAAAAGGGAACCAGGAGGACCUGGUUUAUUUUUUUCAGGUUAGUGAUAGAUGUGAAUGACAGUGCUUGGGCUGUCAGUAAAAGGCUAUUUCAAUUACCAAGCCCUUUCUUUGUCUAUUAGUAAUAGCACAGUAGUCACUAGACUGAUAGCUCCUUGACCAGAAAGAAAUUAAACAGUAAAUGUAACUUAGAGCUUUUCACUCCCCUUCUGAAGACUUUUAUUAAACUUGUAAUUCACACACUUUAGCUAUGUAAUUCAAAUAUUAGGAAGACAAGCCUGUUGGUUUAAUUCCAUUAAUCCUAUUGAAACUAAAAGGAUACCUGGGUGAAGAGAGCGAGUAGCAAUAAACCUGAGAUUUGUGGGUAAAAACCUCCGUUUCAAAUCCUAGGUUACAAAUGUGCACUCACGUACGUCUAGUGAAUAAUUCAGUAGUGCACAAUCAGAGUUCCCAACAUAAACAUUUGCCAAGAAACCUGUUUACUGGCAGUUGAACAUUAACAAGACUAUGGUGCAGUAAUUGCUUUUAAGCAGAUCUCCUUGGCUGACCAUGUAUUUGCAUUAGUAUUUAUCAUUUAUUUUUGGCAGUACCCAAAGUGUGCUAAAUAUUACAAAAACACAGAGGGGGGCAUCGAUCCCUGCCUUGUAACACUUAGGAGUGGAAUGCAGAGGCAAAUACUGAAAUGAAAUCGUCAGCAGAAUGUGGUUUCCAGGAGCGUGGGCAUUGUUAUCUUUUGUAUUGACUUUGAUUUAAGCUAAUUUUAUCUCUAGUUACUCAUUCAGUCCAUCACCAUGGAUGGAACUUGUACAAAUAUUUAUAAUUAUGCAAAUAUAAUGCCAAAUAACUGUCAGCCCAGAAACCUGCUAAAAUUUGCUUUGAAAAAAAAAAAAUUAAACCACUUAAUAACGAGGAAAAGUCCUAAUGAUUUUCUCACUAUACUGCAAAGCAGGUCACUUCUUGGGGAGAAAAACUACAAAACUAAGUGAAGCCCAGAUGAUAGAUUUCUAUGAACUUCAUGAAAAGUGGAGCUCUUGCUCAGUUUUUUCCUUGCCUUUUAAAAAGAUCGUAUUUAUUUGAAGAACAGAGCUGAUAGUCACAUCCAAUAUACAUGCAUUAUUGCAGUAGGACAUUACAUUAUGUAUGCACUGACACAGUGGCACCCUUAAGUAACAUUAAAGCCUUGCCUUGAUUUGCCCCAGUAUAUAUUGUCCCACCAGAAUUCCCACCUUCAUUAUUUAAUCUCAUAGUCCCAGCCAGUUGACCAUUUGAAUGUCUUUUGCCAUCUCAUGCCAGUCCUGAGGUUACUGGGAGGUAAUAACAUUAUUAGUUUCUCUUCAUAGGAUUGUUUUACUCAAUGUUAUAAUGUGUCUCUUUAAAUCAAGAUGAAUUUAUAUGUUAUUUCAUUAAUAGAAAUUGUUUAUCUUUACCCAUCCUGCUUCCAAAACAUUUAUAAAUUAACAGACCACUGAAGUUUAUCCUAUUGCAUUAUUUUGUGUAAACAGCGUGCUGGAGAAAAAUGAAGUGAGAACAAUACAUUUCUUUGUGAAACUGAAAAAUAAAAUUACUCUCCUUUUGGUAUCUUCCAGCCUUGGAGAGUGCUCAGUUUAACCCCUGUCAGUCAUUCUCUGUGGAGACCUCAGAGAAACAAGCCAGGUUACAGGCAGAGUGUGCAACCAGUGAACAGGGAAAAUCCAAGGAAAUGGGAGCGAAUUAUAUACUCUUUUGUGAAGAGGUGGUUCUUGCAUGACUCACUUUGCCCCAGUAGCUGAUAAUGACCAUGUAGCUUGUAUUCCCACCCUUGUGGUACAAGAAGUGACACAAUUAAAGAGCAAAAGAUCCAAGGACAUGAACAGUUAUUGGCGGAAUUGAAAGGAAAUGAAUCCCAAAGUUUAGACUAAUCACCCUAACCCACUUAAUUACCCUUUCUCAAAUGGCAUUAGGUUGUUCCAUGGACUAAAAGGCAUUCUAGAUUUACAAGUUUGGCAAUAAAAGAUGCCCCAUUGUUAACCCAUGUAGAUUAAUAGCUACAUUUUAUUACAGUUGUAUGAAGUAUAGUGACUUCAGAGUCCCAGAGCAGAGUCCUUUAUAAUGGGGCUGUUCUCAGAUUUGACAAUUUUUUUCCACGCUAUAAGAAGAGAUUCAUAGAUCUGGGGAAAUACUGUCUCAGUUUUAUUUUUGUAGUAUCUUUUGGUGCUGAUCAUCCCAGUAAAAUUUCAGUUAGAGAACCAGCCUCCUGGGUAUCUUAGUUUUUACUGGUUAGAUAAUGUUAGAUUUCUUUUAACUCUAUUGAAUUGGGUUAUAAAGCUAUUUGAAGCAGCAAAAAUUCUCAGAUGAAAGCAUUUCAUUGCAAUCCCCACUGCAUACUUUAGAAAAAAACCCCAGACUAUUCCACAACUAGACAUUCUGAUUUCCAGCACAAGUUGAGCCCUCUGUGCCUUUUUUAUCAUUUCAUUUUGGUUUACUCGGAAAAGAGCGGGAUUACAAAAUCAAAACAAACAAACCGACCCAAAUGUAUAUUUGCUGUCCAUGGAACUGCUGCCAGAGGUUAGAUAAAAAUAGCCAGCAUGGUCUCCUAUCCUGAUCUUUAAUAGCAUUGUUUUAAUAUGACUGAAAAAUGUUAAAGUGCACUUUAUAAAUAAUUAUUUGAAGUACGAAA